CGGGACAGCCAAUCGCUGAGGAUUCUGCCACAACGCGAUGGCGUCUUCAUGGGGGCCUGCUGACAGGAGCCCAAACAGCUGUAUGUGAGUUACCCAGCGAUGAGAGCCUGGUUCUGGGUCUAGAAAAACUGCUCCGGGGUUAAAGUGACGGACUGAGCGGACCGGAAGCCGCCGGAAGACGGAACGAUCUGAGGAUGGCGGGCGUGUUCGACAUCGACCUGGAGUCGGAGGAGGUCAGCGACACCGAGGAGGACGCCUGUGAGCUGACCGUGGUCGAGCCUGACGGCAGCGGGCAGACGGAGGAGGUGGAGCUGACCAGCGAAAGCGUCAACAGAGACAGCGAGCGGGUCGGACCCGACUGCUUUGAGCUGCUCACGGUGCUGGGCAAAGGAGCCUACGGCAAGGUGUUCCAGGUGAGGAAGGUUCAAGGUUCCCAAACGGGAAAAAUAUUCGCCAUGAAGGUCCUGAGAAAGGCUAAGAUAGUCUGCAACGCCAAAGACACGGCUCACACACGGGCGGAGCGGGAGAUCCUGGAGAAGGUGAGGCACCCGUUCAUCGUGGACCUGCUGUACGCCUUCCAGACGGGAGGGAAGCUCUACCUCAUCCUGGAGUGUCUGAGCGGGGGAGAACUGUUCAUGCAGCUGGAGAAGGAGGGCAUCUUCAUGGAGGACACCGCCUGUUUCUACCUGGGAGAGAUCACCAUGGCCCUGGGUCACCUGCACUCUAACGGGAUCAUCUACCGAGACCUGAAGCCUGAAAACAUCAUGCUGUGUCAGCAAGGUCACAUCAAGCUGACUGACUUUGGCCUCAGCAAGGAGUCGAUCCACGAUGGAUCCAUCACUCACACCUUCUGCGGCACCAUCGAAUACAUGGCUCCAGAGAUCCUGACCCGGUCGGGUCACAACAGAGCCGUGGACUGGUGGAGCCUGGGCGCCCUGAUGCACGACAUGCUGACUGGAUCGCCUCCGUUCACAGCUGAAAACAGGAAGAAGACCAUCGAUAAGAUCCUGAAGUGUAAAGUGAACCUUCCUCCGUAUCUGACCGCCGACGCCAGAGACAUGAUCAAAAAGCUACUGAAGAAGAAUCCGGCUCAGAGACUCGGCUCCGGCAAAGGAGACGCUGCUGAUAUCCAGAAACAUCCGUUCUUCAGGCACACCAGCUGGGAGGAGCUGCUGAAUAAGAGAGUGGAGCCGCCGUAUAAACCGCAGCUGCAUUCAGAGGAGGACGUGAGCCAGUUUGACACCAGGUUCACCAGACAGACGCCGGUGGACAGUCCAGACGACAGCAGGCUGAGCCACAGCGCCGAGCUCGCCUUCGCCGGGUUCUCCUUCGUGGCACCGUCGGUCCUUGAGAGCCUGAAAGAAGGAUUCUCCUUUGAGCCUCGAUCGCGUCAUAUUCGCCGUCACAACAGCAGCCCACGCACGCCCAUCAGUCCCCUGAAGUUCUCUCCUGCCGGGCCCUUUAAGUCCAGCAUGGACGGAGAACCGGACCUCUUCUCCCCCACGUCUCCACCCGCUGCCCGGCCGCCGGUCCCGCUGGAGAACGGAGCGGCCAGUCAGCCCAUCAAGACACCUUCAAGGAACAAGAAGAAGAAGGACCAUCGGAGAUGAGGGCCCAAAAGUCUCGGUUCUGGCCUUGUGAAGAGAUUCUGCUCAGAGAGCGCCGGGCCAGGAAGGAGUCAGUUCUGAAACGCAGAAAUAAUCAUGAACUGUGUCUCUUCUGGGAACUGAUCCACGGUCCGCAUCUGAUCACGACAAGCUAAGGUUUCCUUUAAGGCUCUGACAGAACCGAACAACUAAACCUGCCAGACAGAGGCUGCGGCUCAUAGGCGACACAAACUCCUGCCAGAUCCAAUUAAAAAAGGCCGAAGCAGCCAUUGAUUUUCCUUCAGCAGCUUCCUGGUGUGUUUAUGAGGCGGGGCGGGUGACGGGGAAAUCUGGGAAGCAGGGGGUUAAAGGUGUAAUUAGUCCAUCAGGCUGACGUUUAACUACAGCCGCCGAAGGCUCGCCUGAUUGGAGGAGAAGGAAAUAUGAAAAUGGCCUUCAGCCAAUAGGAGGCUUUUAUUUCUCUCUGCAUGUAAAGGUGUGUGAAAUUAGAGCCUGCAGGUAUUAACCAGCAACAGGUAACCCCUCCAGGCUUCUGUCUUCACCUGAUGACAUCAUCAUCAUCAGACACACCUGGCUGCUACCUGCUCACCAAUCAGAGCAGAGCAGGCCUUAAAGAGACAGGAGCUUAAAAAAAACAACAGGAUAGGAAAAUAAAUUUUUCAAGUUUGUAAAAUAGAACCGACUCUUUUGGGUAAUCUGCUGAAUGAAGCUGUGGUGCUCGUUAUGUAAUCAAUUAAUGUCAGAAUAGUCUCUUUUCCGUCCAUGUCUGCUGCCAAAGCCGUUCAUUCGGUCAGUGGUGAGAUUGGGUCGAGGCGUCCGGUAGCGGGUCGCUUCAGAAGUAAAAUCAUGUUUUUACAGCAGACCUGCAGGUAGAACAUGUUGGUCGUUGCUGUUAAAGCAGGAAAUCGUCUUUAGAGAUGGACAAUCAUGUUCUGUAGGUGUGAGAACCAACUUUUCCCCCAACCUGACCAGCGGAGAAUCUCAGGAAGUCGGCUGUCGACACGCCUCAUAGGUCAACGUCCCUGAUGGUCACAUCCAAUCAGAUCCUCCCGUUUCUCUCAGCACAUCCGGUUGAAGGUCAGAUCUGGAGUCCAGACCAGAUUUUUACGCACGUCGGUGUAAAAAGAAACGACGUGAAAUCGGACCCAACCUUUUCCCGUUUUACCAAAAAUAGUUUGUUUGCUAAACAAUUAAUGAGAGAAAACCUUUUAGCGUUCAGAGGUUUGCCUACAUGUCCUCAGGAUUUCAGUCAGAUGUUCAGGCGCUUCUUUCAGAAGCAUCUUUCAAUAGUUUGCUGGAAUUUAGGCCCAGAACACCAGAGCCGGCGCAACCGGGUCAGGCCUGUAGGCCACCUUCUCAAAUCUUCUGUUGGACUUGGAUCGGGUUUCUGUGACUGACUGGACCUUCAGCUGCUCUGUUAACUGGUGCUCUGCUGAGGGACGUUGUCCUCCUGGAACACCAUCCCUCCAAGCUUUAACGUCCUCCCUCGUGUCCUCAGAUGUUGGUUUAUUCUGUGAAGAGCAACGAUCCCUCCUACAAACUGGGUCCAUCUAUGGCUUCUUCCUCCCUGAGCGGCAUUUCAGCCCAUGGAGCUACAGGACUGGGGUUUCCUGUAGAUGAGGACUCUAUCCUACCAGCUUCAGCAGCAUCUUCACCAGGUCUUUGGGUUUUGUUCCGGGUCCGUUUCACAGCAGAACCCGUUCAUCUUUGGGACACAGAACCGUCACCGUCUGGAACCUUCAGAUCUGUGGAGGUCCGCGCCUCUCGUCUUCAUAUCUUCUCUGAUUCCUUUAGGUUCUCCCGUGAUGUCAUCCGAGACGCCGUUUGUUUGCGGCGUCGCUUUAAAUCUCGCCCGCCUGGCCUAUCAGAAGCUUACAAAGCUAUGACAUCAUCAUCUGGGCUCCCCCAGGCUGUUUAAAGGCCUAAUAAUCUUGGUGUAUGUGAACUUCUGACUUUAAUGAAAUAAUUAUUAUUCUGCAUCAAAGAAAACAACUUUUGUAAUUCUGACCCACAAAAAGAAUGUUUAUGGUGAUUUAAUGUAUUUUUGGUCACUUUGUGUAAAAAUCAGCUUUCAGCUGUAGAAUGACGAUGAAAAGAGAUUCUCUGCAGAUUGCAGGACUUUUUUGCACUUUGAAACAUUUUGAUCUGGAAACAUUUCUUUAGAACCUUAAAGCGUGUUUGAAGCGUCUGAUUCAGUGUUCUAGAGGGAGUUGGAAAACCGGCCGGUACCGCCGUGUCCUUCAUGGACCAGGUUCUGCAAACGUUACGUUCUUCCUAAGGACAGAACCCUGAACACAAGAAGCUCCUCCGGUUCUGUCUGGACCAGCAGGAGAACCCGUGCAGGUUCUAAAGCGGCUUGGUUUUGGUUCUGUUUGGGCGAAAGAAAAAUGUUUGAAGCAGUUUCAUUUAACAUUUCUGUGAUUUUUCAUUAGUUAUUUUGUGAAAAAUCACAGAACGGGAUCGACGUUGAGGUGAAAAGUGAUUCUGGGAACCGGGCCGUCCAGAACAUCUGGUCCGAGGCGAUCGAUGGAAAUCUGUCCAGGAAGACAUUUCCUCCUCGUUUUUUUUUCUCUUGCUGAUUAUUUAAACAGUUUUUCUUCCUCUUCAUAACAGUUUUUUUCUUCUUCUUUUUUUUUUUUUGCACUUUUAUCUUGAAAUAUUUUCGAGGUCUCCAGAUAUUUUGGCUUCUGUUUUCUUUCAGGUUUUGAUAUAUUUUUUAAUAUUAAGCAUAUUUUUUCUGGGCCUCCGUGUCAAACCCAUCCCUCCUGUUUCUGCCGUCAGCCUUAUUAGCUGUAACUACAGCCACUCAUCUGAUCAUAUCACAGCAGCAAAUGCUUUACUUUUGUUUGAUUUUCUGUAUUUAUUUACACAACUAUAACCUCUGGGGUUGUACAAAUAUGUAAAGACUAAAGAAAUAAGAUCAGAGUUUAUUUUGAGGAUUGUUUUCUGUUUCUCUAAACUGAUGAAUGUGUUCUGAAUUAAAGGGUUUUAUUUCCUGGGA